AUGUUCUACAGCGACCGGCACAAACCUAGCGAAUACAAAGUCGAAACACUCCACAAAUACGACGAUCACGAAUAUGUCAAACCAUGGUGCCGCACUUUGAUGCUCGUACAUCCUGUACUCAUCGUGUGGGUCUUCCUUACAUACACAGCGUACUUCACCUUUCGAAUCUGGUGCAACUACAAGUCUAGAGCUGUGAACGGCAGGAUCACGGAGGCCUCGCUGAUGUUCGUGUGCUUGGAGGGCGUUUGCAUCUUACCGUAUCUGUUCUACAUGUCCAUUCUAGUGUUCUCCUUUGGCAAUCGCGAACGGCCUCAGCUGCGUCUGAGAGGCGCGGCGGUGCCUACUGUGGACGUUCUCCUGACGACUUGUGGCGAGGCCAUACCUGUGAUUGUGAAUAGUGUUCGGGCUGCUUGUAACAUUGAUUAUCCGCAGUAUCGAUACCGAGUCGUCGUAUGUGACGAUAGUGCAGAUCCGGAAUUACAAGAGGCCUUACAGCCUCUGCUGGUAGAAUACCCGCAGUUGUAUUACCAGGCCCGGCGGAAAUACCCUGGCGUUCCUCAUCACUAUAAAGCGGGCAAUCUCCAGUCCGGCAUUGACUUUGUAGUUGGUUUGCCAGGUGGAUGUGCAGAGUACAUUGCAACCUUGGAUGCGGACAUGAUUGCCCAUCCGGAAUGGCUACGUGCCCUGCUACCACACCUCCUGCGUGACCCUCUCCUCGGUCUCAUAUCGCCACCGCAGACCUUCUGGAAUGUCCCGGCUGACGACUCUCUUUGUCAGUCUCUCUGCGACUUCAUACAUUAUCUGGAGUUGAAAAAGGAUCAUAUUGGCACUGCUUGGUGCACCGGUAGCGGCGUCGUAAUGAAAAGAUUCAUCAUCGACCAGAUUGGCGGAUGGCCAACCCCGUCCAUGGCAGAAGACCAGCUGCUCUCAUGCAUCAUGAACGGAGAGGGAUAUAAGACUGCGUACUGCCAUGAAUUCCUACAAAUCGGCAUGUCGUAUGUCAUUCCUGCUCACACCAUACCCGACCACUCUCUAACUUUCCCUGACCUCAAACAACGCACCAGAUGGGCCGUAGGCACACUUCAAACCGCACAAGUGCUAAACUGGGGCUUCCCAGGCAAACACACCAAACACAUGACCUUCGCCCAACGCUGGUGCAUCUUCACCUUCGCCUUCACCACCCUCCUCAUCCUCCCCCAACUCCUCGCCUUCCUCGCCCUCCCCACCCUCCUCUACUGGGGCCGGCCCCUCCUCGUCUCCACCACCGCGUCCGAGCUGCGCUGGCAGAUCCGCCUCGCCGCAAUCUGGAUCUGCUCGCUGCGCCUCAACGACGUUGCAUUCGCGCUGCCAUCGGGCUAUUUCCAGGGCCAGCGAAACGCCAUGGCAUGGCAGUUCAUGAUGCCGUAUCUCGCCGUCGCCGUGGUGCGCUGCUACGUUCUGCCCAGCUGGCUAGGCGGCGUGCAAAUCGCAUUUCAAGCCUCGGGCGCCGUGCGUGAUCAUCUCAUGGAGCGCAGUGCGAGGUGGAGAGCAGGGCUGCGGACGCGGAUACGACUGAUAGGCGCGUAUUGUCAUAUCUGGUUCUUUGUGGGGUUUGUGGGGUUUGCGCUGGGCGCUGGAGGGACUGAUGUGUAUCGGGCGUGGGAGGUAAGGGGGCGGGGUGGGGAUGUCCGGGAUGCGCUGUUGCAUUUGUUGGUGCGUUCGUGUUUGCCGCCUGGGUGGUGGCUGCUUUUGGCGACGUCGUUUGCGGUGCCGGUUUUGUAUAUGUUUGCGCCGCCGACGGUGCCGGAGUGGGAUGAGGUUAUGGUUGUUGAGCCGGAGACGGGUGUUGGGCGGCCUGGGUUUAUGGAGGCGAGACAGUCUUGGGGAGGGCUGGUGUUGGUAAGAGAGAUUAUCUGGGGUGUCAUGGUUGUGUAUUGUGUGGUUUUGUUUGCAGGGACGUUUGUUUAUUAGGAUAUAUUUCCGAUUGAGGCUCGGUGUUUGAUAGAUGUGAUGUCAGGUGGGUAUGUGAUAGUUGAGUAUGCGGACUUAAUCUACUGACGAGCCGGUGAGUAGAAUCAGAUAUAGGCGAUGGAGCCUUUGAUCU